CUGUGUUGUUGGAGUGAGGGAGAUAAAGGAUCUUCUGUUUUACUGCAGAUAUAAAUGAAGGUUAACUCUUGAGACCACAGAAGGGACAAAGCAUCAGAGCAGCAGGAGGUUCAAAAUGGCUCAGCAGCAAAACAUGGAAGAAGGGACAGCAUUGAUUUCACCUAAAGCUUCCCAAAAGUCAAGCGGUUCUAUGAUUUCUGCUUCUUUUAAUUUCAUCAACUCUAUAAUAGGAUCUGGAAUAAUAGGUUUACCGUAUGCAAUGAACCAGGCAGGACUCCCAUUUGGCCUUCUGCUUUUGAUUCUUGUUGGAUUCAUCACAGACUAUUCAAUUAUUCUACUGAUUAAAGGAGGRAAUCUGUCAGGAGCGAACAGUUAUCAGUCGUUGGUACGAAAUGCAUUUGGAUUUCCUGGAUUUUUGAUUCUAUCUGUUCUGCAAUUUCUUUAUCCUUUCAUUGCUAUGAUCAGCUACAACAUCACAGCUGGUGACACACUGACCAAAGUGUUUCAGAGAAUACCAGGAGUUGGUCCGGAUCACAUACUCGYGGAGCGUCACUUUGUCAUCAUGCUCGCCACCCUUCUCUUCAUGCUGCCGCUCUCACUUUAUCGGAACAUAGAGAGACUAGGGAAGGUGUCCUUACUGUCAAUGGUGCUGACGAUCUUCAUCCUCGUCAUCACAGUCAUCAGAGCAGCAACUCUUGGAACCCAAAUUGAACCUACAGAAAAUGCAUGGGUGUUUGCAAAGUGGAACUCCAUCCAGGCGGUCGGGGUGAUGUCUUUUGCCUUUAUCUGCCACCACAACAGCUUCCUGAUCUAUAACUCUCUGGAGCAGCCCACUUUAUCCAACUGGUCUCAGGUCACUCACAUCUCUGUGGGCUCAUCGCUGAUAAUCAGCGCUGCGUUUGCUGUUGCAGGCUACACAACGUUCACUGGCUACACACAAGGAGACAUAUUUGAGAACUACUGCAGAGACGACAACCUGGCAACAUUCGGUCGCUUCUGCUUCGGCUUCAGCAUAAUAACCACGUUUCCACUCGAGUGUUUUGUUACAAGAGAGGUGAUUUCCAACAUCAUGUGCAGUCGAGAUCUUUCGAAAGCUGAACAUGCUGCUCUAACCACUCUCAUCGUUGCUGUCUGUACCGCUAUAUCUUUGGCUUAUGACUGCCUGGGGGUUGUUUUGGAACUAAACGGUGCUUUGAGUGCCACCCCUCUCAUCUUCAUCAUCCCAGCUGCAUGCUUCCUCAAGCUCUCCCCUGGCGGUUGGUUCAAAGUUGAAAAUCUGAUUCCCUUCCUGUUGAUAAUAACCGGCUUGUUUGUCAUGAUCACUGGUCUGGUCAUGACCAUAAUUGACCCUGAUGACUGCUCGCAUGGUGUAGAGAUGUUCUACUGUCUAGAUGCCAACACCUCCAGCACUGUACAACCUUGAAAGAUGCAUUCUUUAAAUAUUUAAUUUUAUUUUUUUACAUUCAUUGACAGUGGCAUCAAUAUCUGUAUACAAAAACCAGUGACUUUAUACGUAUAUUAAAGAUUUAGACAGGGA